AUGUCCUGCAUAUUCUGUCGGAUCAUCAAAGGCGAGAUUCCCUGUCUGAAACUCUUCGAGAGUGACAAGACGCUUGCUUUCCUCGACAUUGGCCCCCUGAGCAAGGGUCAUGCUCUUGUCAUACCGAAAUACCAUGGUGCAAAGCUUGCGGACAUCCCCGAUGAUCAUCUCAGUGAAAUACUGCCCACCCUUAAACGGCUCGCCACUGCAACCGGCGCCGUUAACUACAAUAUACUACAAAACAAUGGUACCAUAGCCCACCAACAAGUCCAUCAUGUCCAUUUCCACAUGAUCCCAAAGCCCAACGAGACAGAAGGCCUCGGAAUCACCUGGCCCUCUACGUCUGGCGACAUGGACAAGCUCAAGGCGCUGUGUGAAGACAUCAAAUCUAAAAUGUAG